AUGAAGGUGUUGCUCCUCACAGGGCUGGGGGCCCUGUUCUUCGCCUAUUAUUGGGAUGACAACUUCGACCCAGCCAGCCUGCAGGGAGCCCGUGUGCUGCUGACAGGGGCCAGUGCAGGUGUUGGCGAGGAGCUGGCAUAUCACUACGCACGCCUGGGCUCCCACCUGGUGCUCACUGCCCAAACCGAGGCCCUCCUGCAGAAGGUGGUAGGGAACUGCCGGAAGCUGGGCGCCCCCAAGGUCUUCUACAUCGCGGCGGACAUGGCCUCCCCUGAGGCGCCCGAGCACGUGGUGCAGUUUGCGCUGGACAAGCUGGGCGGGCUGGACUACCUGGUGCUGAGCCACAUCGGCGGCGCCCCGGCAGGCGCGCGGGCCCGCAGCUCCCAGUCGACUCGCUGGCUCGUGCAGGUAAACUUCCUGAGUUACGUGCAGCUGACUUCGUUGGCGCUGCCCAGCCUGACCGACAGCAAGGGCUGCCUGGUGGUGGUGUCCUCGCUGCUCGGCCGCGUGCCCACGUCCUUCUCCAGCCCCUACUCGGCGGCCAAGUCCGCGCUGGACGGCUUCUUCGGCUCCCUGCGGCGGGAGCUGGACGUGCAGGACGUGAACGUGGCCAUCACCAUGUGCGUCCUGGGCCUCCGGGAAGGCGCCUCCGCCUCCGAGGGAGUCAGGGGCAUCACGAGGGCCACGGCGGCCCCGGGGCCCAGGGCGGCCCUGGCCGUGAUCCGCGGCGGCGCCACGCGCGCCUCCGGCGUCUUCUACCCGCGGCGCGUCCACCUGCUCUGCCUGCUCCGGGGCUGGCUGCCGCGCCCGCGGGCCUGGUUCAUCCGCCAGGAGCUCAACGUCACGGCCGCAGCUGCCGCCUGAGCUCCGGGGUUGGCGCCCCUCAUCUUCCCAGAGGGGGACGCUCCAUGCAACUGUCCCUGGAGCUGGGACACUAACAGGCACUUCUGAGA